AUGGAAGCUGAGAUUCAGGCUCAGAUCCCCAAUAUCGACCAUGUGCUCUCGGAAUACUCCGUUGGCUAUCUCAAUCAUGCGUCCAAACUCUAUUUCUCAGAAGAUGAUCCCUCUGCCCAGUCUCCACUCGCUGAAGCUCUUGAUACAGUGACCUCUCUACUUGUGUCUGCGUCAGGAAACUUUUCUGAGCAGAAUGAAGCUGCCAUUCGGAACCUGGUCGAGAGAUUCAUUGCCAGGCUGAGCGAGGCAAAUGGCGUUGACCCCGAGCGACGGCAGAUGCCGUUCAUGGCCAAAAAGCUCGAGCAGACCAUUCAAGUCAGCUCGCAGAGAAACAUUUCAUCUACGUUAGGCCUGACGAGUGCAGGCGUAGAUCUCGAGGCCACCAAUACCCGCAAAGUAGAAUCAAAGGUCGACAGGAAGAAACUUGAAAAGGCCGAGCGGAAGAUUCGAGCCAAGCAGGACAAGAAGGUCAUGAAGAAUGUCGAGUACGAGGCCUCAAGAUUGCUGAACCAACCAGAUCCGGCUCAGUCAUAUGAAGAGUUCUUCAUGGCGGUGAACCCUCUCCAACUUGGUGCUGAUGCUCAAUCUAAAAGCAAAGACAUCAAGGUGGAUGGGAUCGAUGUGUCGAUUUCGGGAAAACGUAUCUUGACCGACACGUCCUUGACGUUGGCGUACGGACGGAGGUAUGGCCUGGUCGGUCAGAACGGUAUUGGUAAAUCCACGCUUCUGCGCGCCCUGAGCAGGCGUGAAGUCGCCAUUCCGACCCACAUAUCUAUCCUUCACGUCGAGCAGGAGAUCACCGGAGAUGAUACUCCUGCUCUUCAGGCCGUGCUUGACGCUGAUGUCUGGCGGAAACACCUGCUCGCUGAGCAGGAAAAGAUCACCAAGCAACUCGCAGCUCUCGAGGCCGAGCGGUCGAAGAUGGCCGACACCUCAAAGGAUGCCGGGCGUCUAGACAAAGAAAAAGAUGGCCUGGACACUACCUUGGGUGACAUCCAGGCCAAAUUGGCCGAGAUGGAAUCUGACAAGGCCGAAUCUCGAGCCGCUAGCAUUCUUGCAGGUCUAGGGUUUUCGCCGGAACGACAACAGUUCGCAACCAAGACAUUCUCAGGCGGUUGGCGGAUGAGGCUGGCUCUUGCCCGAGCACUGUUCUGCGAGCCAGAUUUAUUGCUGCUCGACGAACCUUCCAACAUGUUGGACGUCCCAUCGAUCACGUUCCUGUCAAAUUAUCUGCAGACAUACCCCAGCACCGUUUUGGUGGUCUCACACGACCGUGCAUUCCUGAACGAAGUAGCCACCGAUAUCAUCCAUCAGCAUUCAGAGAGACUGGACUACUACAAGGGGGCCAACUUCGAUUCUUUCUAUGCUACCAAGGAGGAACGGAGAAAGAACGCCAAGCGCGAAUACGAGAAUCAAAUGGCGCAGCGGGCACAUCUGCAAGCCUUCAUCGACAAAUUCCGCUACAACGCUGCGAAGUCAUCCGAGGCGCAGUCUCGUAUCAAGAAGCUUGAAAGGAUGCCUGUUCUGGAGCCUCCCGAAGCGGAAUAUACGGUCCAUUUCCGGUUCCCAGACGUGGAGAAGCUUUCGCCACCAAUCAUUCAAAUGACGAAUGUAUCAUUCGGCUAUACCAAGGAAAAUCCGCUGCUCCGUGGCGUGGAUUUGGACGUUCAACUCGACUCCAGAAUUGGCAUCGUGGGCCCCAACGGAGCUGGCAAAACCACUGUCCUGAAGUUGUUGAUCGGACAGUUGCAGCCCACUACUGGACUGAUAUCGCAGAAUCCCCGUCUUCGCAUCGGAUAUUUCGCACAACACCAUGUCGACGCCUUGGACAUGAAUACAUCUGCGGUUGGGUUCAUGCAGAAGACAUACCCUGGCAAGACGGACGAAGAGUACCGGCGACAUCUGGGAGCAUUUGGUAUCACAGGCAUGACGGGAUUACAGAAACUCGAACUGCUGUCCGGGGGCCAAAAGUCCCGUGUUGCAUUUGCUUGUUUGUCUCUGACCAACCCUCAUAUCCUGGUGCUGGACGAACCGUCGAAUCACCUGGACAUUGAGGCAAUGGACGCUCUUUCUGUGGCGUUGCAACAGUUCCAGGGGGGUGUCCUGAUGGUCAGUCACGACGUGACGAUGCUUCAAAAUGUCUGCACCAGUCUGUGGGUUUGUGACAAGGGCACUGUCGAGAAGUUCCCCGGAGACAUCAACGCCUACAAGAAAAAGAUCAGUGCGCAAGCGAAUGAGGCCGGAGUUGUUCAAGCACAUUAA